CUGAGGGGUGUUUUUUGUUUUUUUGUUUUAAGGCGGGAGGGGGCCAUUCCGAUCCUUCCCAUAUGCACGGCGCGUGCGCGCUGCCGCUAGGCGGCGCUGUGCGCUCCUUCGCGGUGCGCUCGGCUUAGAGCUUCUCAGCCUGGCGAGGUGCGGCACAAGUCGGGGAACACAGCCUCUUGCAGCAACGGCAAUAGCGCGGAUGCAAACUGGACGAGGCGGGGGGCGCUUGAGGAGAAGAACAGAGCUUCUGGGCACCUGGCGGGGCGGGAGAGCGGUAUCUGAGGUGGAUUGUGCGGCGCGCAGAGCUGCCAAGGAUUUACCCCAGACCUGGGACUUAUUCGCGAGCUCGGUGUGGCUUGGAACGGGGGAGUGAUGAGUGCGUAGCUCUGGAAGGCAUGCCCCAAACACUGAGCUCUACCAGCAUGUUUACCCCCUGUGGCUUCAGCCCUCAUCAUCUCCAUCCAACCAAACAAAGUGAUGAAGGAGAGCUGAUCUUUCAAGAUGGAAACCUUACCUCAGCAUCUCUUGAUGCUUUAAUCCAACAUCUUAUACCUACAGCUGAUUACUACCCUGAAAAGGCCUACAUCUUUACAUUCCUGCUGAGCUCAAGACUCUUCAUUGAACCUCACGAACUUCUCUCCCGUGUCUGUCACAAGUGCAUCGAGCAGCAACAACUGGAUGACCCAGUACUAGAUAAAGCACGGAUUAGAAAAUUUGGGCCCAAAAUUCUUCAGUUAUUGACAGAAUGGACGGAGACAUUCCCUUAUGAUUUUAAGGAAGAGAGAAUGAUUGGCUGCUUGAAAGACAUCAUCCAUCGGAUAGCGCCGUGUGAUGAGGGCUCCGUAUUGUCUCCGAUGUUGUUUAACAUCUACAUGAAACUGCUGGGAGAGAUCAUCAGGAGAUUUGGUGCAGGGUGCUAUCAGUAUGCUGAUGACACCCAGAUUUACUUCUCCAUGUCAACAUCAUCAGGAGGGGGCAUAACCUCCCUAAAUGCCUGCCUGGAGGUGGUAAUGAGCUGGAUGAGGGAUAACAAACUGAGACUGAAUCCAGAUAAGAUGGAGACCUACUGGAAAAAGAUGAAUCAGCUCUUGCAGGCUCUGAAUCAGAAGCUUGCAACUCUUAACCAUGGGCAAGAAGGGAUAGUGAAGAUCAGUGCAACUGUGUCGGACAAGGUGGUUGCUUUUAAAAGUAAACCUCCAUCCAUUCAAAAAGAAAUGUUGAGUGUCUGCAGCGAUCCCUACACCUUGGCCCAGCAACUAACACACGUGGAACUGGAAAGACUGAGUCACAUUGGCCCUGAAGAAUUUGUUCAAGCAUUUGUCCAUAAAGAUCCUUUGGAAAGCACAAAGCCUUGUUUCAGUGAACAGAAGAAGACUAGUAACCUUGAGGCCUAUGUAAAAUGGUUCAAUAGACUCUGCUAUCUUGUAGCAACAGAAAUUUGCAUGCCUGCCAAAAAGAAGCAGCGAGCACAAGUCAUUGAGUUCUUCAUUGAUGUUGCUCGAGAGUGCUUUAACAUAGGAAAUUUUAACUCGCUGAUGGCAAUCAUAUCUGGGAUGAACAUGAGUCCUGUCUCUAGGUUAAAGAAGACCUGGUCAAAAGUGAAAACAGCCAAAUUCUUUAUUCUUGAGCAUCAAAUGGACCCUACUGGUAAUUUUUAUAACUACAGAACUGCACUGCGGGGAGCUGCCCAUCGGUCCCUAACAGCACACAGCAAUAGGGAAAAGAUUGUGAUUCCGUUCUUCAGCCUGCUGAUCAAAGAUAUUUACUUUUUGAAUGAAGGAUGUGCUAACCGCCUCCCAAAUGGACAUGUCAACUUUGAAAAAUUCCUGGAGCUGGCUAAACAAGUAGGGGAAUUUAUAACAUGGAAACAAGUAGAAUGUCCAUUUGAACGAGAUGAUAAUAUUAUCCACUAUUUACAUACAGCACCAAUUUUUACUGAAGAUGGUUUGUAUCUGGCUUCCUAUGAAAGUGAAAGUCCAGAAAACCAAACUGAAAAAGAAAGGUGGAAAACCUUGAGAUCAACUAUCUUAGGAAAAACUUGAAGAUAAAGAUCUGUAACUGCAGUAGGAUAAGCUAAAUCCACAAAAGUACUUUGCACUACUGAUUCCAAAGAUGCCUAUUUGGGAUUGAUGAGAUUUUAUUCUAUUAUUUUUUGGACUAUUUGGAGUGGUUAACUGGAUUCCACAAGACUCAGCAGAGGUAUCUUUUUUUUUUUUUUAAAUGCACGCACAAUGAUCUUUUCUAGCUACUCUAGAACAAGGACAAGGAGAGCCAUGGUGCUGCAAACACAAAGUCUCCACUGGAAAGGUACAGGGUGUGUAUCUCAAAAGCAGGGUGCUUCGGACAAUAACUCUCCAAGAGCUGUCAAAAGUAAAUUUUGUCAAGUGCAGCAUUAAUCUGGUUAUAUGCUACAUAAAAAAGAACUUCGUUUUCCCUCCACAAACUUCAGCCUCAUUGAACAAUAUUUAGCAGCAAGAAAGAAAGGACAAAUACAAAACCACACCAGUAUGGAAAACUCAUGCAAACUCCACCCAUUUUUAAAUAUGGACUUGUUUGAGCUACAAACAUCUGUUAGUUCUCCUUCUGUCUGGCUGCAAAUCACAACAUGUUUUUUCUAAUAAUAUAUAAUGCCAUCAACUUCUAAACUGUUUUGAUGAAGUACAUGGCUCUUAGUCUGAGUUACCUCUAUAUGAAGCAUGUAGCAUAUUCUCUAGUUUUGUUGGCUGAUGGUUGCAAGAAUCAUCUUCAAGGGGCCUUACUUCACUGACAAUUGAUAAAAUAUGAACCCAUUAAGGGCUCUAGCAAGUUAAAAUGGCUUUUCUUUCUUUCUUCUAGUCAGAAGCAAAGGAUAUUUGAUGAGGGAAUGACUAGACAUUAGGGCUCUUUUUCUAGUGAAUCCAAGAUAAAGUGGACAGUUGUGAAUCUAUGAAAUGUUGCACUAUGCUAAAGAAUUUUCAACACGUUCCUAAGAUGGGUAUCUUCUUACUUUCUAAUUAUUCUUCUUAUGUAUCAAUCAUGCUCACUGCAUUCCUUCUGUGGGAACAGUAAGCCAUUUCUCCUGGCUAUCGUGGUUUUUGAUGGAGAUCAGGGAUUGCUUCAUCAUCAUCAUCAUCAUAACUGCAUACUUAGUUAUGCAUACAUUUAAUGUGAAACAUAGUCUUAAUUCUCCACAUCACUCCUUGCCUCUCCCCCAAAAUAUUCAAGAACUGAAGAAGAACCAAAAAUAAAGAGACAUGUAGACAAAACAUAUUUAUGUAAAACUAGCAAAUUUGCAUACACUGGUUGACAUCCUGACUAAACUACUCAAUGAGUAGUUGACUUCCAUUGAGUAAUAUAGUCAAGAUGGCAGCUACUGUUGAAAUGCACAGUUAAUUUUAAUAAAUAAUUUUAAUUCUUUAAGCGUAGUGUUUGGAUGGGAUGAAACUGUAAUACCAUUAUUUCUAUUCUCAUGUCUACCAAAUAACUGACAAGUAUGAAAGAUCCUCCAAGGGCUGUACAUAAAGCAAUUUUCAGUGCAAUGCUAAGUAUGUUUACUCACUUAUCUCACUGUGGCUUACUCCCUGGCAAGUGUGUUUAGGAUUGCAGCCUAAAACAUGAAAAUAGUAGCAAGCAAAGCCCACAUUAGAUUACGUGUCUCACAGCAUAAUGCAGGUGGUGCAGACCUGCCCAUUCCACUGCGGGGCUCUAAAUUACCUAGCAAUGCUUCUGCACAAGAGGGCAGUAUUGGCACUGCUAGCUCUUAUGCAAUCACACAUCAUGUGAUUAAGAGUAACUCCUCAUGUGGUUAUGCUGGGUCAGUUUCAAUUUGUGACUCCUGAUGGUGUAGACAAGCUGCUUGGAGCAGUGCAACCUACCACCUGUUCUCUUGUCUGACAUGGCUCAUACUAUCUGGGGUUGUUAUAGAGGGCCUGGUAGAGAUUAUAAAUGCUUCUCUGAGGGAGGGAAGGAUGCCCUCCUGUCUUAAGGAGGCAAUUAUUAGACCUUUUCUGAAUAAGCCUGCAUUGGAUCCCUCAAAGUUAAGCAACUAUAUCCAGAGUUAAGCCUGUAUCCAAGCUUCCAUUGUUAGGCAAGGCAAUUGAGAGGGUGGUGGCCUCCCAGCUCCAGACAAUCUUGGAGGAAACUGAUUAUCUAGAUCCAUUUCAAAAUGGUAUUCACGUGGGCUAUGGGGUGGAGACUGUCUUGCUCAGCUUGAUGGAUGAUCUCCAAUGGGGAAUUAACAGAGCGAGUGUGACUCUGUUGGUCCUUUUGGAUCUCUUGGUGGCUUUCGAUACUAUCAACCACAGUAUCCUUCUGGACUGUCUGAGAGGGAUGAGAGUGAGAGGCACUGAUUUGCAGUGGUUCCGUUCCUACCUCUCUGGCAGAUUCCAGAUGGUGUUGCUUGGAGACUGUUCUUCAAAAUGUGGACUUUUAUAUGGCAUCCCUCAGGGCUCCAUACUGUCUCCAUCUCAGAUGCUUUUUAAUAUCUACAUGAAACUACUGAGAGAAAUCACCAGGAGAUUUGGUGCAAGGUGUUAGUAAUAUGCUGAUGACACCCAAAUCUAUUUCUCCAUGUUAACAUCAUCAGGAGAAGGCAUAACUUCCCUAAAUGCCUGCCUGGAGGCAGUGUGGACCGGAUAGCAAACUUAGGCUGAAUCCUAAUAAGACAGAGGUACUUAUUGUAUGGGGUCGGAGACUAUUUUGAUCUGCCAGUUCCAGAUGGGGUCACACUUCUCCAGAAGGAACAGGUAUGCAGUCUGGGGUUGCUUCUGGAUCCAAAUUUCUCCCUAGUGUCUCAGAUUGAGGCAGUGGCCCGAGGUGCUUUCCAUCAGCUUUGGCUGAUAGACCAGUUGCGUCCGUCUCUUGAAAUAAAUAACCUCAGAACAGUAGUACAUAUGCUGGUAACCUCCAGGCUUGACUACUACAACACACUCUAUGUGGGGCUGCCUUUGUACACAGCCCAGAAACUGUGCAGUUGGUACAGAAUGUGGCAGCCAGGUUGGUCUCUGAGUCAUCUUGAAGAAAACAUAUUACUCCUAUAUUAAAAGAACUGCACUGGCUUCCAGUUUCCGGGCAAAAUACAAAGUGAUGGUUAUAACCUAUAAAGCCCUAAACAGCUUAGACCCAGGGUAUUUAAGAGAAAUUUUUCUUCAUUAUGAGCCCCAUCACCAAUUGAGAUCAUCUGGAGAGGUUCGUCUGCAGUUGCCACCAGCUCAACUGGUGGCUACACAGAGAUAGGCCUUCUCUGUUGCCACCCCAAGACUCUGGAAUGCACUGCCUGCUGAAAUAAGAGCUUCUCCAUCUCUGACAACUUUAUAAAAGUCUUUAAAGACACAUUUGUUCACCCAAGCUUUUUAACUAGACUGGCAGUUUUAAAUUGUUUUAAAGUAUUAAUUUCAGUUUUAAUUUGUUUUAUUUUGCUGUAAGCCUCCCAGAGAUGGAAGUUUGGGGUAGUGUACAAAUAUAAUUAAUAAAUGCAUAAACCAAUGUGCUACUUUCAUUAUUCUCCAUGGAAAUAGUGUGUGGUGUGCAACUGUGCAAGAAUCAGCAAUUCCAGUCCUGUCCUCUUGUGCAGCAGCAUUGGCAGGUUAUUUAGAGCCCUGUAGUGGCAUGGAUAGGUCUGCCCCACCCACAAUCCGGGGAGGGACAUGUGAGCCAGUGAGGCUGUUCUCAUGAGCAGGCUAGGCUGCUCAUGUGGAGUGCAAGGAUCUAUGCAGAUCCCAGGGCUCCCACCCAGCUUAACCCCACUCCCAAGCCCAGCUCUUAGCCAAGGUUAAGGGGGAAAGCACUCCCUUAACCCAGCUGCAAAAGUCAUGUGUCUCCUUGGCUCCAUGGAACUGAGGCACCAGUCUGAUGGGGGAAUCCCUCAAGGCACUAUGUUCAUCACAUGGUGCCUUCUGGGAUAUGUGGAGGACAAGGAAAGAAGUCCCGGCUUUUAUUGCUCCAUGCUGCUCCCAGCAGUGCAGGUCAUGUUGGUGCACGCCUUGCAUGCUCAAAGGAUCCAGCGUGAUCACCUGGAGGAAGGUUGGUUGAACCCUGCCUUGCCUCUCCCCCAACCCACCCACCCUGCCAUCCCCACAGUUGUGCGAAUGGGCUCAGUAUCUUAGUCACAGGAGUAGCGUUUAGCAAUGUGAAUGUUGCAGCUCUAUGGUAACUGAGCAGCCAGAUGUCUUCAAUAAUUGUGUCCUGUCAUAACUGACCUGGAAAACCGACUUCAACAGAACCGCUGAAACAUUUUCCAUACUACAGAAAAUGAUAUAUACCGAAGUUCUAAAACAUCCCAUAACCCCAGGUAAAGUUUAAAACGCCAUGGUGCUGAUCUAUUUUAAAGUUUGCAGUGGCUGACCUAACCUCUCACCAGUUAGCUGAUAAUAGCUGUAGACUUUCUAAUUCCAUUAUUUUCCAAAUGGAUGUGCAUUUAUGACAACUACUUAUGCAGAUGCUAUGUGUGAGAAACAACGCAAAUAUAUUUUCCAGAAAUAUAAUAGGAAUAUAUUAUACAAAUUCUUCCAGAAAGCAUUAACAUAAAGUGUUCUGUAAAUAGCACAUAGGAGUAUUCAGAAAAAAGUAUUCCAAAUAAUUCACCUAGAUCUAAUCAGAAGCAAUUAUAAUAGAGUUUCUAUUUUAAUAAUACAGUCCAAAUUUCAGUUAUGAACCAAAUGGCACGGAUUCAGUUAGUUUUGCUGGUAGAAGGUGUUGCAUGUGACUAUUAAUGUUGGAAAGUAGAUAAUGUCCUUUCAUAACAACAUGGAAUCCACAUAACAAUGUGCCUGUCAUCCGGCUGCUCAGUCAUUGCAGUUGCACAUCUGAUAGGUAUCCACAUCAUGAUACAGAUCUGCAUGGGGUGUGAAUUUCCUUUGGUGGGCUGAAGCUAAAUAGAAUGUCUACUACUUUCUACUGAAGUCAGAGGGGUUCCGUUUACAUACAGAAUAUUGAAGAAAAAGUGAUUACUAUGCCACUCAAUCACUUUAGUUUUGAAAACACCAUGAUGUAGUGGAGAGGUUCAAUUGCUCAGUCACAAUUUACAAGCAAAUUAAAGGUUGGAUGUAUUUUUCUUACUGAAACAUCUUUUGAAAGAUUGCUAUUGCUUAUGGAGAAUUUUCAUCUUCUGCAGAAACCAAGAAAAUGGCCCAAUUUUUUACUAGCUUUUUAGCACUUAUAUUUUAAUUUGUAUAUAUAUUGAAUGUCUGAUUUAAAACAUUGGCUUAUUUAUUAUUGUGAACACAAUUUGAAGUGGAUUCAGUAAUUAAUAUUUAUUUUAACAGAAAGAGACAAUGCAUCUCUGUCAACAGUGAUUUCAGUAGCAUUGCUAUUCAUAUAAUUAUAAAAAGACAAAUCGGGGGUUAAUAUAAUUGCCUACCUUAGAAUUCUUGGGGAUGAAGUGCAACCUUGGAACAAAGCUUGCAUGUACCUCAUUAAAACUGCAGUAGCUUUUGUUAAUAUGCAGUGUGACCCAGUGAGCAUCCAUUUCAUGCGUUUAAAAUGUAGCGGGGUGUGUGUGUUUGUGUGUGUGUGUAAGCCCAAACAAGGCUUUUUAAAAUUACGAUAUGAACUGAAGCUCAUUCUAGGUACUCACAAGCCCUGUACCUAGAAUGAAGCUCAUUCUAGGUACAGGGCUCUUCACACAAUCAGUUUUAUGGGAAUCUGAGUGUCCACCACACACAUUUCCACAGAGUGUACUAUGUGAACCCAGGCUUUUUCAGUGAUCUCCAGUUGGCAAUGCACCAACCUGACAUGAAGUCAAGAUCUGUAAUCUAGGAUCAGAAAUCAGCUUGUUGAUCUCUGCUUCAUGUUGAGUUGGCAUGUUGUCAACUGUACAUUGCUGGAAAAGCCUCAUACAACAUGCUCCACUGGAGCAUGCAUGCAGCAGGGAUCUCUGGUUCCUUUUGAACUGACAUUACAUUGAUCAUUUUAAGAGCCUCUUUGGUCAGUUUACAUGCAACAGCAUUUGUGGUAUGGUGCUAUGGAAACAAGCACUGUAUUCAUGUACAACAUUCUCUUCUUGGGCUUUGUGCCUGUGCUUAGUUAGUUGGUUCCUUGUUUGCAGGAAACCAUAGUUCAUCAUUACAGCCAAACUGCAAACUAUGGUUUGUACUUCCCCUGCAAAUCAUGACAAACCAGGAUCAAACCCACACUAUCAAUCCUGGUUUUUCAAUAUGGAUGUAACAGUAAACUAUGAUUUGCUGCAAAUCUGGAAAUAACAAAUGAAGUGAGGGGAGGCGGGAUGAUCUGGAAAUAACUAAUGAAGUGAGGGGAGGUGGGAGGGAACAUGUGAGCAUAAGUCCUGUCCCUGUCAUGCCAAACCAUGGUUUGGCUUCAUGUGUGAACCAAUCCUACUGGCUGUGAGAUAAAGAAUGGAGAAUGAAUGCACACAGAACUUCUUUGAGGAAAUUAUGUGUGUUCAAAACAUGGGAAGCUUUAGAGAAGAAAGUCUUUUCCUUAAACCUCCGUUUUCCUUAAACCUCAUUGGGCUGGUUCUCAUGAUUAGAAGUUAGUUGGAAGAACUUCCACCUAGGUUCCAGCAGCCAUGAUUACUCCAGAAAAUGAAUUGGGUAGACAGGAAAAAAAGAAAAACCCGGUUGGAGGACCAAAAAGUAAUCAUGUGGGUGAAGCAAUCCUGAUUGGCUGGUGCAGGCAGCCAACAUUGGUCAUCUUGGAUUUGGUCUACAGUGAAGACAGUCCACUGUCUGUGCUGACCAAUCAGGAGUGCUCCUCCCACACGAUUAUUUCCUGGUCCUCUGACCAGGUUUUUUGCCACCCACAUGAUCAGUUUUUGGGAGUGUACACAGCUGCUGUGUACACCUCCUCCAACCGACUUCCGUGAGAACCAGUCCAUAUUAUGAACCAAGAGCUAUUUGACACAACCCUUAGUAUGUAUCCAGUUGUUUGUUUCUAUCCAGAAUUCAGUCUGUCACGUCUUCUAAGCUUAGAAGAGUCUAUGGACUUCUUUCACAUAACUCACUACACAAGCACUCAACUCACGCUGAGAUGACCAAAUAUCUAUUUGAACUUUUAAGGAAUUUAAAUUUUGGGCUGCAAUCCUAGUAAGUUCUGUGUGUAUGCUGCAGGGAAAUGCAUAGGCAGAAAUGUCUUUGAAGCUUCUACUACAGCCACUUGUACAACAACUGGCAAGCCAUAUUUCAGCUAAAAAAUCAGCUUGUCUACUCAGCUGAGCAAGCAGCUGCAGGAGAGAUUUCAAAGAAACCUCCUGCCUUACUUGAGGUUUUCUUACACUCACACACACAGGCUAUUCACACGAUGGGAGAAAAUCGGGCUAGCAGAGGCUUGCCCGAUUAUCUCCCAUCGUGAGAACCACCGGGCUUGGCUUCCAGCCUGGUGGUUCCUAAGCGGGUAACCCGCAUAAGUAGCCCUGCCUUUAAACUAGGUUUGCGGAGCAAGCACUCCGCAAACCCAUUUUUUUGAAUCGUGUGUUGGUGUGACGCAGCUCCGCGCCGCGGCAACUCAUGAGUAUACUUUUAUUUUUAAGAUGUGCAUUAACAUUCAGAUUUACUUUACUGGUAGCUUACAAUUCCCACUAUGUUGCAUUGCUCUGGAAGAUUAGGAUUGGUAGUCUGGAUAAAGGGCUACAUUUCAUUUCAGUGUAUGCAUUAAAGUUAACAGCAACUAGACUUCCAGAGAACAUGUAUUAACAAAACUAGACAAUCUGGAUCGCUUGCUUCUAUUGUGCAUGAUAAAAGCACCCACCUUUUAAAUGCUUACUUGUUCAAGGUUUGCUUUUUUAAAUUAUUUUUUAAGGAGCUAAAAAUAAUAUAUGAAAGCUGGUUGAUAUUUAAAGUAAAGGUAAAAUUGUUCCGUCAAGUCAGUUACGACUCCUGGCAACGACAGAGCCAUGUGGUUGUCUUUGGUAGAAAACAGAAGGGGUUUACCAUUGUCAUCUCCCGUACAGUAUGAGAUGAUGCCUUUCAGCAUCUUCCUAUAUCACUGCUGCCCAAUAUAAGUGUCUCCCAUUGUCUGAGAAACAUACCAGCGGGAAUUUGAACCAGAAACCUCCUGCUCCCUAGGCAAGUUACUUCCCCACUGUGACAUUAGGUGGCUGGGUUGUAAUUUGGGCAAGUAAAAUCAAUACAAACAAAUCUGGCCUGAUGUAUUCCACUAUAUUGUUCUAUAGCAAAAGAAAAAAAGUGGGGGGGAAGCACCUUCCUCCAGCAUUUAUAUUGGGUCUACUUUGUGAAAUGCCAGUGAACUACUGAAUAAGCUAAAGCCUUGAUGUAGAGAAUAAUACACUUUGCAUUGCAGCUUGAACCUGUACAGUAUAAGCACUAUACUGUACUAGCCUAGCCAGCCAUUAUCUAUGGCCACCAUCACCAAUCUCCUCUCUUUCCUCAGAUCCUUUUCUGGCACACUGGCAGCGGACUUAGGAGAGAAGCGGGUUGUCUGUCAUUUGCAGUGGGAUAUGGAGAUGGUAAGAAACCAUGGGAACCCUCUCCUACUGCUCAGAAAGGACUAUUUCUGUUUCUUACCUAUUCAAAAAUGGCAGUGGAAAUGAGACCUCUGGUGAGGAGAACUUGUGGUGCUGGGUUACCUGCUCACCAGAGGGCUGGGGGCACUGGGCACUGAAGAGCUGCAAGUGGAUUUAUAUAUGCCUGAGUAUAAACUUAUCCUAAAGGGGAAUAAUGUUUUUGAAUAAUUGGGUUUAUUUGGAAGUAACUUCGUGAAAAGAAAUGAUGUCCUCUUUGUUCCUCCUUUUUAUGUCCAGCUUGAUUCACAACUGGAGGCACAACUUGUGAAAUCAGCCCUAUUCCACCUAUUAUCACACACUCCCCCUCCUGUUCUUACAUGCUCCUCAUGUGGAAACUACUGAUACCAUAGAUGUGAGUGUCUACUGUUGAAGCGGUAGCACCAACCAUUCGGAUAGUCAGUCACAAGCUCUUUUUAAAGACAGGAGAUCCAGGACCUAUUUUCCCCAGCUGGAACUCCAGUGCAACACUUCUCUAACUUGGGCAACAAUUCUAUUUAGCUUAUAGCCUAAAUUAGAUAGACUUCCAAUUUAACUGCAGUUAGGAUUGGGGUGUAAAACUAAUGUUUGAGAAAUGCUAAUACAACAAUGCAGAGUAGAAGAUAUGAUUUUGCAGGAGAAGUGUGCAAGCUCCCAUUUGGGAUUUGUACAUUUCUAAGGACGAUUUUGUUAAGCAAUGGCUUGACUCUAACAGGAAAAAGUUAAUACCUAUGUUACAACUUCUAGGCAUGGAAUUGUUUUCCACGAGAAGUGGAUACAUUUGAAAUCUCAGUUACAAGUGUCUUAACAUAUUGCUUCCCUAUGAACCAACCAAGUUUCAUUACCUGAAUAUGGAAAAAUCAUGUCACAGACAUAAAGUAUAUUAUAUCUUUAUGAAGAGUGAGGCACAGAAUUCACUUGCAGAAUGUAAAGCAUAAGAUCUGAGCUGGCCCUAUUAAAACAUACUGGCUCAUGUCAGACACAUUGCAAUCAGCAUUUCGAAAACCCCAAGAUCUAAAUAGAGUUCAGCUUGUUCACUGGGGCUUUUCUGCCUACCUUUCCUACUUCUACUCGUUGUGCUGCCCAAAACACCUGCUUCAGAAUUGCUUAAGACUCAGGAGAUGCUUCAGAGCAGCACUGAAUAUGGCAUGACACACUGUGGUUAAAAAGGCAAACAACCCCCUUCUACACACAUGCAGAAGCACUUUGCACUUGAAUACAGGGCUCCUUGAAUCCCUGCCAUUAUUCUUACAGAUAUGCUAUUACUAACUUCCCUGAAGCAAAGACUUAAAACAGAAGCAGAAUUGCUGCAUAUAAAGGCUGUGUGUGACAAUAUAAAACACCAUCUGCAUUUCAGCAUGCUGGGUUUUAUGCCUUGGCUUUUCAAAUAUAUGUGGCUGCUGUACACAUUCUGCUUUGAGAGAGUAGUUGCACAAAUCUGCUGCAAAUUUUGAUGAGUUCAUGCAUAUAUUGGCAUCAUGUUGUAAAGCUUUACCGUGACUAUACCAUGGGAAAGGAAUGGGAAGUCAAUGUUCGUAUUCUCCCCCAUGUAGACAUCUUGUACAAAUAAACUAGUUUGUUGAGAAGUUUAGCUUUGCCUUCACCCAGUCAUGGAUUUUUUUUUCUAUGCACAUUAGUAAUUUUUGUGAAGAAGUAUUCAUGAUACACACACCACCCACCCACUCCCCAUUCAGGAAAAGCUUUCUCUCAGUUUUGCUUAUUGUGUAACCUGGCUGACAUCCUAACUAAGCGCAUGCUCUUUGCAAAACUGCAGAAUCAUGUCAGGAGUCCUUGUGCAACUCCCUCAGACCGCCCCCCCCCCAUGCACACUGUUGUGCCAGACCCCUUAGGAGCGCUGCCCACACUCCAGAAGUGCAGCACUGCAACAAACUUCAGCAAUGUGUUUCCAAUGUCUUACAGAGCACUUUUGAAGUGCAUGCAAUGCUCCUAACUCUUUUUGGGGACUGAGGGUAUUGUGAGGGGGUUCCCAGCAUGUCUCUUGAAGUGUCUGCACUUCGUUAGUCCAGAUGCUGGCUCCUGUUCCUCAUGCUACAACCCAGAACAUUCCACAGUUUAUACUGGCCAGGAUUCAAAGAUCUCCUAUGAGUAUGCCCAUUAGACACAGCCAAUGGGAUUUCUGAGCUUUUUCCCCCCUUCCAAUAACAGACUGACCCAACCAACUACUUAUGAAAGUAGUUCCAUUUCAAAGAUUGUUUGUUAUGCAGCAUGGUAAGCUGCUGUUCAAGAAAUACAAAUCCCAAGAACCCUUUGAUAUGUGGAACUAGUUGGGAAGGUAUUUAGACCCCUCUAAUUACAACCAACAUUAUGGCUGAUAACCUCUUUAAAUGCUCUUAUAAAAAUGGGAAACAUGUUGUGACUAUCUUUUUUAAGACCAAGAACAAACAGGCACUGGAGAAAAAUAAAAUUAUACUCUAUGAACACCUUCAGUUUCCUGUAUAUAUAAGCACUAAAAAUGUGUGACUGCUUUUCCCUCCCUUUAAAUUUGUGUUUUUAAAACCAGGUCUCUUCAUAUUGUGACUUACCCUUUCAGAUCAAACUGGAAUCAAUGCGUAUCACUGAUAAUGUAGCUUUGCUAUUUAAAGUUCUCAAAUUAUUACUAAUUCUUUGACCACAAAACAGUAAGGUAUUGGGAGUGGGAAGAACCAAUGUCAAGGUUUUGUGACUGUACAUAUCUUACAGAAUGUUAAUGAUGAUAUGCUGACCCUACCUUCCAUUAACACUGCAAAAAGGCAUGGUCCUAAGUAGAUGAUAGUUAGUGAUAAAAACAUCCCAUACUGUAUUCAUGUUUCAUUUCAUUUCCAAGCUUUUUUUUAAUACUGCUGUGGUGAGAUUGUUAUGAAACUCUUUCGUCAGUCAUAUAAAAGCUAAUUUACCUAUGUACAGAAUUUGUAUGACAAGCCUAAUUAUUUAUACUGUGUUUUAACAGUUUGCCUGAACUGUCUAUGAUUUCUAAAUUUUGUAAUGUGUGUGUAAAAUUAAAAAUAUUGACAUGUGGUUGUUCCAGA